AUGGGGCGCCCCGAAGACCUCCCAGAGGUCAUCUCUAAUUACUAUGUCGGUGAUCCCCAACGUGUUUAUGCACAGUACAAAUACCCCGCCGAUUAUGACGAUGCCCCCAAACUGCCAUUCGAGCCCCCAACCCCCACAGCAGACGUCUACAGGCAAAAUCAAGAUCGGCAGCCAUUAUGGCCGCAAAGUGCAAGUGGAAUGCCCUUGAGCGCCCUCAGCCCCAACAGCUCAAUGCCCUGGGAGCCCGUAUCGCCGGUUGGAAAGGAAGAGUUGUAUGUUGGGCCUCAUCUGAAGGAUGAAAAGAAGAAGACAUGCGGUCUCGGCAAACGGACAUUCACCAUGGUGCUGGUUGCCGUCCUUGUCCUAAUCGGAGCGGCAGUGGGAGGUGGUGUGGUGGGCGUGAUGAGAGCAAAGCAUGACGAGAGUUCGCCGCCAAAGACUACAACACCGGCGACCAACAGGACGUCAUCCGAACCAGCAGCUUCGUCUCUCGAUGAUGAAACCCCAAACGUGGGAUUCAUGCUUCAAGCGUGGGAAGAGCCCCAAUACACCGGUGACAAGACACGCGUGUACACUGAAGAAGGCUUUUACGAUUUUCCAUUCAUGGCGUGGAGCUACGUCUGGUUUCCAAACAAGACAGACUGCUGCCUCACAUUUUGUGCCAGCCCGACCAACCACACGCCAACCGGGUGGUGGUGCGACCAUCGGCGGAGGCCAAAAACGGACAAGUCGUUUGGAAGGGUGAAUAUCUGGUGCGGCAGAGGAAGCAACACAAGCAACCAGAGAAAGUGCAAUGAGACUCAGGCUGGAGGGGAAUGGGACAAAUCGUGAUGGGAGCAGUGGACGGGCAGUGUUGAGCUGAACAGGAGAAGGUGAUGAUUGACGACGGCUAAUGAACUACGGUACCUAUGGCUUGGCGAAGGUGGAUUGACUGAUGAAAGGGAGGUCAAACAACUAAUCCUAGUUACGGACCAGGGACUCGUAAUGUAAUGAUAUUAUCACGCCCAAACAGUUUAUAGCAAUGGUGCCCGAUUUGGGGUUCGAAGAAAUGGAACUUUGGCAAAG